AUGUUAAACGAUCAGCAGAUGGACGCCGUGGUGGAGUCGUCUCCAGCGAGUAGCAUGGAGGGCAGCCCAAGCAACGCAGACGCUUGGCCCUCGAAUCCCCACUCUUGGGCGAGCAGCGACCACUCUCGGGAGGACAAUGAUGUGGCUGCUGCUCAGGGAAGGCUGCAGCGCAUCCUGGAUCAGUUUAACAUGCUGCACGGCUUGCCGGGACUGGCGGAGGAGGGUAUUAACAUCCCUGCUGUGGUGGUCGUCGGAGAGCAGUCCCACGGGAAGAGCACGGUGCUGUCCCGGAUCUUGGGCAUCAACCUGCCCGCCAAGAGCGGCAUGUGUACGCGCAUCCCACUCUUCGUCAAGCUGCGCGACAACAAGGCCGCCAGGGGGGGGCCCGAUCAAAUCAUUUCCUUCGAAUGGCAGGGCAGAGAUGCACUCAGACAUCACCCCAACAUCUCCGAGCGUGACAUUCCCGAGCUGGUCAAUCGAGCAACCCGUGAGCUUGCAGGGUCGGACUCAGCCAUCAGUGCUACGGCAGCGACGCUGACGGUCCUCAGGAGGGGCACGCCAGAUCUCAAUCUCAUCGACUUGCCGGGUAUGGUGGCCCUCGCUGGCCGCGGUGCUCCUGAGAGCAUCUGCACCGACAUCAAGAAUCUCAUCAUCAAAUAUGCCGAAAAGAAGGAGAGCAUCAUGCUGGCAGUCAUGCCUGCGGAUAGCGACACUCAGAUCCACCAUUCGCUGGCCCUUGCACGGGAGCUAGACCCGAAAGGGGAUCGCACGCUGGCAGUGCUCACCAAGUGUGACAAGGCAGCACCUGACGGUCUCCUCGAGAGAGUCGAGAAAAACGAUGCAAGGCUUAGGCUUGGCUACGCCCUGCUAAGGAACCCGGAGAUUCGUGAGGGCCGCCAUAUGGACUUCGCACAGGGCAUCAAGGACGAGGAGACUUUCUUCAACAACCACGCCUCCACUUUGCAGCGCUUGCAAGCGCCCAACACUCUUGGUAUACAAGCGCUCGUCAAGAGCUUGGUGAAGCUCCAGGAGAAGAUCAUCAACGAGCAGCUGCCGGAGAUCCACCGUAGAAUCCAGGAGGCUUUAGAACAACGGCGUCGAGAGCGGUCCCUGCUGCCCCCGUUUGUGUCCAACAACGCGGACGCCAUUAAGCAGCUAUACGCCGUCACCACAAAACGAAGCAACAGGGUGGAGCGCCUCGUCCGUGACGACCUGUCUGACUACCCCGGCAACGAGGAGAUGAAGCUGCUCAAGAAGUUCAGGCAGGAGUGCAACGAUGCAUUCGCGAAGGAAAUUUUAGCCGACGUGGGUCCGUGCACGGGCAUCCUGACGAGGGCAGGGGGCGAGAAGCUCCGCGACUUAGCCAUGCAAGACCGCCCAAUGGGUCUGCCGGGCAUGGUGAAGAAGCUGCCGUUCAACAACAUCUUCCGGCAGCUCCUAAGUGCGUGCGAGGCCAACUGCCAGAACCUGCUCACAAGGACGCGCGGCUUUGUGGAGACGAUUGCCCGCCAGGUCUUGGCAGACAGCUUCGAUUCGGCCACUACGUUCCCGGUGCUUCAGGAACGGCUGCUAGAGCUGCAAGUGGCGGCCUUGGAAACGGCUACAGAGCACUGCCGGGAGUUCAUCUGUCGGAUCAUUGAGAAGGAACGGACCACUCCCAAUGGCGGCUUCACCAACCACCCGCUGUAUUCCGCCAUCUUGGAGCGGCUCAUGCUAGUGAUCCACGAGAAAAGCACCGUGGAAGCCGGAGAGGGAGACCACGCGUCGCCUCUGCGAUACUCUGACCUGCGGCUGCUCUCUGGCGACAUCCAAGCGCACCUGGAGCAGCUGCGAUUGAGCGGUUUGAACUUCGAAACAAAGGAGCUGCAGGUGGAGCUCUUCGCGUACUGGUACAUCGUCAGCAACCGCCUGAUGGACGUUGUACCGAUGGAGCUGUACUACGCCUUUAAGAACGCCCUGCUGACCGACUUUGACCGGGCGGUCAUGACGACUGUAGCGACUGACCUGGAGGCUUUGAAACACAUGAUGCAGGAUGCGACCCUUGCGGACAAGCAUGCCCGCAUGACUGCAAGGAUCAAGGACCUGACAACGGCCAUGGAGGUUUUGAGGACCUAA